CCAAACUGUCAUCACUGGCUGGAAACUCGAAACUGUCACCUGAAAACUAGCUCAACUCGCAUUACACUCAAUUCAAAUGGUGGAAAAAGGAGACUUGCAGAAAAUCCCAAGAAUUUUUUCUUUUUAAAGAGAAGGGCAGUGCUCGAUAGAAAUUGCAAGUGAAAAAAAUUUAAAGUUUCGAAAACCGCGAUAUUUGUUUCGCCAACCCUGCAGUGGGGGUCUUGUUUUUUUGUUUUGUACCCGUUUUCAUUCGGCAACGAAAAGAUUCCUAAAGAAAAUUGAAGAAUUAACCAGGUAAAAGAGCUAGGAACAUGGACGGCGACAAGCAGCUGGAAAAGCAGCUGGAGCAAGAGCUGGACGACAUGCCGGCCCAGGAUUUGGACGACGACGAUACCUACGAUGAGUACGAUCUGAUAGUGAUUCCCGACCAGGCCAAGACCUCGCCAAAGAAGGAGACGGCGGCGGCCGAGGAGGAUGAGGAGGAGGAGGAGAUCCAGGAAGUCGAAGACGACGACGACGACGACGACGACGAUGAUGAGGAGGAGGAGGAGGAAGAUGCUCCGCAAAGAGUCGUGACAAAGCUGGGGCUGCGCUGCACUUGGCCAGAUCCCGUCGCCAGCGAGGAUUUGACCACCAUUGAGUUGAUCUCCUCGGACGAUGAGCCGUCCAUGGAGGAGGAGCCAGCUGGCAACCGUUCCCCUUCCUCCUCCAACAGCAGCGAUGUGGUGGGCGUAAUCGAGGACUCCGACAGCGAGCUCUCCAGCGACAGUGACGGACCCGGUGGAACCAACCAGCUGGAGCAAUCCUACGAGGAUCUAAUGGCGCAGCCCAACAAGCACUUCGCCCAACUGGUCGCCAUCAGCGAAAUAGCUUUCAAACUAAACGACCUGGAGAAGAUCGAGUCAUCGGUGCUGACCCUACAAAAUCUGGCCACUGUGCCGGCUCAUAUUUGGCUAAAGUAUCUCAAGGCCCGCCUGGUGGUCACCCAGACGCCCGACGAGCGCAAGGAAUUCGAGGAAAAGUGCGCCAAAGCACUGAGCUUCUACUACAACAUACCGCUCUCCGAAUUCAUUGUAAACUACCUGGUGGACCAGGGAAAUGUUGAGAAUCAUGUGCUCUGGGCCAAACUGCUGGCCGACUACCACGUGGAGCGUCCAGACUUUGGCGACAAGCUGCGCCAGGUGCUGUCCACCAUCACCGACGAAAAGGAGGCCGCCGCAUUUGAGGAAGUCCUGCAGAAGCACUGCGUCAGCUGGAAAUGCGGCAAGGAACAGCGCCAGGUCAUCAAAGCCAUCGUGGACGACUAUAAGCGUUAUCUGGACGAUAUGAAGACGCAGCACAGUGACUGGGAUUGGACCAAGGUACUCAAGCAGCAUGUGGCCGAGGCACAGGUGGUGUUCUCCGAGGAAGACCUCAAGAAUGCGGUGAUCCGCUUCUUCUUUGAACGCACUGUGUCCAAGUUUCCCAUUGCCGAUAUCCUGUGGCUCACCUACAUCGAGUUCGUCCAGGGCGAAGGCGGCACUGCCGAGGAGGACGAGGAGGAAAACGCCGAAUUGGCGGCCAAGAGACUAAGCCGCUUGGGCAAGGGCUUCUUGCGCUGCAACGCACUGGAGUUGGCCAGGCGCGGCGUACGCAGUCGUCCCAGUGUGCGGCUGAACCACAAAUACCUAGAUCUAAUGGAACGCGCCGACUUCGAGCAGACCGCAGUGGACGAACAGAUCCGCACAAUACUGCAGCGCAUAGUGCCCGAUAUGACGAUGACGGUGGAGCUGCAUCUGGACUAUCUGGCCUAUCGUGUGCGCAACACCAAUGCCGGCGACGAAGAGCAGGCCGCCAGUCUGCGUGCCGCCUUCAACAGCGUCUGGGAAGAGCUCUCCUCGCUGUAUGGCGACAAGGCAGACACUCGCUAUGAGGUUCUGCAGCUGUGGGCCCAGGUGGAGUACACACACCUGGCCAGUCCGGUCAAUGGAUCGCACAUUUGGCGUCAGAUAAUGGGCUAUCCUGGCAGCUCGCAGCGCGGCUCCCUUUGGCUGGGCUAUGCCCAGAUGGAAAGCGAGUACAAUGCUGGCCAGGGCACUCGCGAUAUUCUCCGGGAGGCCAUUUCACAGCCCACCCUGGAGGAUGGCAUACUGGUGAUGGAGCUCUACCGUCGCUAUGAACGCUGCUAUGGCACCUGUGAGUCUAUUGCGGCCUGUCAGGCCAUGGAAAUGCCAGGUGAUAGGCCGCGUCCGCGCAUCAAAGUCCAGCAGGUAUAUCCUCGCCAGCAGCAGCCGCCACCACAGAAUCGGGAGCCAUUGAAUCGCGAGCAGCGUCGCCGCCAGGCGCAUGAGCAACAACAGCCGCCGCUGGGCAAGAAGAGGGCUCUGCCCAAAUCUGCUUCUCGUACUGAAUCCCCAGAAGGUUCACAGCCACCAUCUAAGGCCAGGCUCGCCGAGAACCCGACUGCUGCAGAGGCAAAGGAAUCUAACUUUAAGUAUUCGCCCAAUUUGGAGAUCAACAAGAUCUUUGUGAGGAACCUGCAUCCCGCCUGCACCAAAGAGGAGUUGCAUGGGCUAUUCUCGCCCUUUGGCAACAUCAAAGAUGUGCGCCUGGUGCACAAGCAGAACAAGCAGUUCAAGGGCAUUGCCUACGUAGAGUUCGAGAAGCCAGGAGAGGCUCAACGAGCAGUGGCAGGAUGCGAUGGUCAACUGCUGAGGGGCAUGAAUAUUUCCGUGGCCAUAUCCAACCCACCGCCGAGGGGCUCCACCUCUGAUGUCCCGAAGCCCAGUGUGGCGCCCAAGAGACGCGUGCCCACCUCGCUGAUACCCACGACUUUAGUGCGCCAAGAGGUGGCCGCCAAGAAGCGUCGCCUGGAGCAGGUCACUUUGGAGCGCGACGGCGACGGCGACGAGGCCACUACGUCAUCGACUCCAGCUGCCGCCGACGAGUCCACUGAGCCAGAGGCCAAUGGUAAACCAACCAUCCCCGUGGAGGAAAAGAAGGAGGAAGAAGAGCCAGCCGCUGCGCCAAAGUCAAACGAUGACUUCCGCAAGCUAUUUCUUAAGGAUUAGAGUGUAAUCCCAUCUGGCUGAGCCAGGGAGCCAGCAGCUAGGAGCUAGGAGCCAGCCAAAUGUUAGGCCCAGCGAUUAGUUUGUAUUUAACGACGAAUAUUCGGAAAUUACAUUUGUAAGACUUUAGGCAGCCGAAACUGAACCAAAAGGUAAAUUUAAUGUACAAAUUGAAACAGACAGACGUAAGACAACGGUUUGUUCGAUCCGUAAUUGGUUUUAAAUGUUAACCAAGUAAAACAAAUGCAGAAUAAAACGUACAUCUCAAAAUGUUACCGAAAAAAAAACAAGAAAAUACAUAUGAAUAUAAGUCAGUUUUAUAAAUGUUAGCCCUCUAGUUGAGAAAUCCUUAUAUCUGUGAAUCCUGGAAAUCCAGAAAAUGCCACUACUUGUCGUUCCACAAAGACGAUUUUAAAAAGUACCCGAAACCGAAAUAAAUGUACAAAAAAACGUGAGUUGAUUAAAA